GGUAUUCGUUGAAUUUCCGUAUUGUGCUUUCUGUUGUGAUGUUUAUCGCAUAUUUAUUAUGCGAUACGCGAUUAUUUACACCGUACGGAACUUUUGUUUGAUUUCUGGGCCGGUAAUUGUAUCUUUCUACGAAAUAAAUAGAAUUUUGUGUAGUUUAGAUGGAAUCCGUUAUAGUUCCGUGAGAAAUACUCUUUUAGCGGGAUGCAAUUUUAUUCGAAUCAUAGUCUUAUUUUGGAUAUGUAGUUUAUUCGUAAUUGACUCGAAAUAAAAUCCCUAUUUAUCCAAGUCGAAAGCUACCGGAAAGCUUUAUAGUAACGAAUGGUAAAUUAUCGCGAAACAUUGGUUACUUCGGAAAUCUCGUACGUUUCGAAUUCUCUCCUAUAUAGGAAUCUUCUUUUACGUAAACAAAGAUUCUUUAAUCUCCCCUCUUUCGUACGAUUCGAUUAAAAAGCGUCGGCACGGAAUCCUUUUUACAUUUGGAAAUAAUAUUUGGAAAUUGAUCGAGAUGUCGGGGAAGAGCGAGGAAUCGAACGAGGCGAUGUUGAAAAAGUCUGCGGAGAGAUUAACGGAGGAAAUUCAAAGCAUGGCCAACUAUAAGAGUCUUUAUUCCGAGAUACAGAAACUGGUUGCCUCCGCCACAGUGAAGAGGGAAGAUUUCAAGAGCACUUUAAUGGACACGUUGAAGAAUAGCGGCCUUGAAACGGAAAUUAGGAACACAGUUUUUCACUGGGCGAGGUCGCAAGGUUCUUUGUCUACGACAUCGACGCCGUCGAUGGAAGAAGUGGAUCUGAGUUACUUGAAGAAGGCCCAGGUACAGUGGGAGCGUCGAAUCCAGAAAUCGUUGAACUCCACGUGCAACGAGUUGAACGUUCCACUGGCUCGCAUACGACCCAACGCCGAUCGCGAGGAGCUCGCCGAGAAAUGGAACGAACUGAGCACUUACGAUAUCGAUUUGUCGCAGUACAGGCCACUCUACGCCCCGAAGGACUUCUUGGACGUCCUGUUCGCCAUACGGAAUCCCUCCUUCAAGAAACAACCGGAUGAAUUGAAUUGGGAGUUCAGUCACAUACAGAUUCGAGUGAAGACCCUCGCUCAAUUGAGGCGGGUGUACGGUGAAUUGGCGAAGGGAACGCCGCUGUUAGGCGUCAGUCCCGAUAUGCCCGGCUCGGAGAACUUCGCCACUCUGGAGGAGGAGAGGAUCCAUCUGGGCGAGAAAGUAUUGAAGUCGAAUCACGCUCCUGUUGCCCAACAAUUUUUGAAACGCGGAGUUCCCCGAUCGUUACGGGGACGCGUUUGGUCCCUCGUGUUGGGAUCCACCGUGAAAGAGAACGAUGUGGAGUACUACGAGGAAUUAAAGAACAUGGUGUUGCAGUACGACAUCGUUGUGGAUAAGUUGAUAAUAAAGGACGUGCAGCUAACGGCGAGGAACGACGAUCAGUAUUUCGUGUUCGAGGAUGUUUUGUACAAAACGAUGUUAUGCUUUUCGAGGGACUCGGAAGUAUUGGCACCUGUGACCACCGAUAGGAGCGCAGGUGGCCAAGUGAUACACGCAGUUUUGCAAGGAAAACCGGCCACGUUAGAGAACACACUGGUAUUCCCUCCGAGCGGAGUGAUUCCGUUUCAUGGAUUCACCAUGUACGCCACGCCAUUUUGCUACCUCUACGACGAUCCCUGCGCGAUGUACUACACCUUCCGAGCCUUUUAUCUGCGAUAUUGGUUCCGGUUGCACACCGUGUCCAGUCACGAGCAGGGCAUCGUCGCCCUGUGCUUGCUCUUCGAGAGAUUGCUCCAGUGUCACGAGCCCCUCCUUUGGAUUCAUUUCAGGAACUUUCAUAUGCAACCGAUAAAAGUGGUGUUCAAGUGGAUCAUGAGAGGCUUCAGCGGCCACCUACCCCCGGAACAGCUGCUCUAUCUUUGGGACUUGAUUCUAGGCUACGAUUCAUUAGAGAUCAUUCCCUUGCUAGCGGUCAUUAUUUUGAGUUUCAGGAAGGAAAAUCUGAUGCAAGUCAACACUCAACAAGGCGUCGAGGCUGUUCUGGCGGACUUGUCCUCCUUGAAAGUGGUUCCCCUGCUACAGUUGGCUUUAUUGAAAGAAUGACGCAGCCGUUAACUUCUCAGCUAUUUAAAAAAAAAAAAUAAUGCGAUAAUUAGGAUAAACAGUCCUGGGAAGCGAUAACGUGUUCUUGGAUGAAGGACGAUAGGCCAGUGGAUGCAAAGACACAGCAAAAUGACGGAUAUCGAUGUUUCGUGCACGCUUAAACCAUCGCCAUUUCUGCCAGCGUUGUCUCGCAUUGUCUCGCAGCUGAUUUCGGAACGUGACCACUCGUAUAUAGGGUGUUCAUGGAAAGAAACAUAAAAAUAUCCUAAGAGCGAGAUCGUUCGAUCGUUCGAUACGUGUGCGCUUAUUUUCGAAACCUUGAUUCAUGUAAAAAAAAUAAUUCCUUCAAGGUAAUACAAUACAUCAAUCCGACGCAUUAAUCCUCGUCUUCCAGUCUACUAUGACCUUUAAAACGCAGGGUUGCGAUCUUUAUUUAUACGCGUUAAUCGAUAAAGAACUUCCAGUACUAAAAUACAAUCUCCACGUUACAGAAUUUCUCUCCCAUUCACGGUUAACUCCUGCACAAUGUCACGACUAAAAAAAAGAAUCUAAUAAUACUCGAUCGAGAGAUUCAUUCAAACCAUUAUUUGCUCGCUAUGAAACGCGAUUCGAUUAUUUAUUUGACAAUCGACCCGUUCAAACUCGUCGAUCCUUUAUAUUCAUUACUCAAAGUUUUCAUCUAGAUAACAAUUUUGUCCACGACCACCGAAGAUAGCGUCUUAUCUCCUCGCGAACACCCAGCGAUGUACCUAAAACUGCGAAUUCGAAGAAUUUUGAACUUUCCAACGUUACUAUGUACAUCAACGUUGUAAUCUACAAUUCUUCUAACAACGUUCCGUCGU